AUGUCCUUCUCCGCCACCUCCUUCAAGCCCCAGAAAGAUGCCCACUGUUCGAGGUAUCUCUUCCGACAGCCCAGCCCCGCUGCUUCGAGAGAGAGCCCAUGGCCUGUCGUUUUUCUGAGAGCCAAGGGACUUGGUGAAGAUCCCGGAGAGUGGGCGGACUGGUCAGGCAUGUUUGCCGAAAAAGGCUACACAGCCAUCGAGAUCGACAUCACCGCCCCAACCCCUCUCGAAGACGCCGAAUCCCCUUUCGGUCAAAUGUCAAACUCUCUCUCUUCCCAGAUCCGGCUCUCCGCUAUCCCCUUCCCUCCUAUCAUCAUCGCCCGCGGCCUCUCCACGCUGCUCGCCCAGACAUUCAUCUCCGACUUUCCGGCCUCGGCUUUGGUGCUCGUCGACCCUGUGCCGGAUGAAGACCCUCGGCCAGAAGGUUUUGGUACAGCUCUUGACGGCUCGUCCAAGGGUCAAGGCUGGGCCUGGCCGAAAUUCGACUUUGAACCCCACUUCCCCAUCCUCCUCAUCUCUUCUCAGCCCCAGCUGAACGGACUUUCCGUAUCCAACCGCCUCUUGCGCACCCAUACCGGCAUUGACCCCAACAAGAAGGGGUUCCUUGGGCGUUUGGGUGGGGGUGGUGGUAAGGGCGUGGAAGUGGUCGCGGCGGAUGGGCUGGAGGGUGGUCAGUUGGGAGAGGGGGCGAGAGUGGAGGUGGAGCGGUGGAUGGACCGGUGUGGUUUCUAG